GGCCCCUACACGCCUGCGGGGAAGUGGAGGCUUGAUCCGGAUCCCGGGCGGGGUGUGGAUCUGAACCUCUUCUCUCGCAUGGAGUCCUGAGGACUCUUCCCCCCCCCCCAUACCCUCGCCUUGGGGUGUGUCAAGGUUCCUUCCCCACGCUGAACUCUAGGGUACAGAUGUGGGGACCUGCAUGAAAACCUCCUAAGCUAACUUUUAUCAGCUUAGGUUAAAACUUCCCCAAGGUACAAACUAUUUUACCUUUUGCCCCUGGACCUUAUUGCUGCAACCAUGAAGCGUCUAACAAAUAUAACCGGGAAAGAGCCCACUUGGAAACGUCUUUCCCCCCCUGAAGCCCUACACCCCCUUUCCUGAAGAAGGCUUGAUAAAUAUCCUCACCACUUUGCACAGGUGAACACAGACCCAAACCCUUCGAUUUUAAGAACAAUGAAAAAGCAAUCAGGUUCUUAAAAGAAGAAUUUUAAUUGAAGAAAAAGUAAAAGAAUCACCUUUGUAAAAUCAGGAUGGUAAAUACCUUACAGGGUAAUCCGAUUUAAAACAGAAAAUCCCUUUAGGCUAAACCUUAAAUUACAAAAAGACACAAAAACAGGAAUAUCCAUUCCAUUCAGCACAACUUAUUUUAUCAGCCAUUUAAACAAAACCGAAUCUAACACAUAUCUAACUAGAUUGCUUACUAACUCUUUACAGGAGUUCUGACCUGCAUUCCUGCUCUGGUCCUGGCAAAAGCAACACAUAGACAGAGAGAACCCUUUGUUUCUUCCACCUCCCUCUAGCUUUGAAAGUAUCUUGUCUCCUCAUUGGUUAUUUUGGUCAGGUGCCAGCGACGUUGUCUUAGCUUCUUAACCCUUUACAGGUGAAAGGGUUUUUCUUCUGACCAGGAGGGAUUUAAAGGUGUUUACCCUUCCCUUUAUAUUUAUGACACGCCCCCCAAAUCACAGAUAGGGUGAAACACGGGCUGUGAUUUCUUUCUGGAGCUCUAGGAGAAAACAGAGUGAAUAAGACACAUGCACCUUUAAAUAUACUACCAAGUAUAUAAAGACUAACAAUAUUUUUCACAUCUCAAGGACAAUUUUAAACAGUUGAUUCUGGGAAAUUUUCACGGGAGAGUGCAUCAGCCACUUCGUUAGAAGCUCCUGAGAUGUGUUGGAUGUCGAAAUUAAAAUCUUGGAGAGCUGAACUCCACCGAAUAUGUUUUUUGUUAUUUCCCAUGGCGGUAUGAAGCCACUGUAGCGUAGCAUGGUCGGUUUGUAGGUGGAAAUGCUGUCCCCAAACGUAUGGGCGUAGCUUUUCCAGAACAUAGACAAUGGCAUAACAUUCUUUUUCACUGACUGACCAGUUGCUUUCCCUUUCAGACAGCUUCUUGCUGAGAAACAUUACAGGGUGGAAUUCUUGAUCCGGUCCUUUCUGCAUUAAAACUGCUCCCACACCGUGCUCUGACGCAUCUGUAGUUACUAGGAAUGGUUUGUCAAAGUCUGGGGCCCUUAGCACAGGGUCAGACAUGAGUUUCGCCUUAAGCUGGUUAAAGGCCUUCAGGCACUCUUCGGUCCACUGAACGGCAUUUAGCUGUUUCUUUUUGGUUAGGUCUGUCAGUGAGGCGGUGAUUUGGCUGUAUUGCGGUACAAAUCACCUGUAAUAUCUGGCCAAGCCUAAGAAGGAUUGCACCUGUUUUUUUGACUUUGGGACAGACCACUUUUGGAUAGCAUCCACUUUGGCCUGUAGGGGGUUGAUAGUUCCUUGACCCGCCUGGUGUCCAAGGUAAGUCACUCUGUUUAGGUCUGUUUGACACUUCUUAGCCUUAAGAGUUAGUCCUGCCUCCCUUAUGCGCUCAAAGACUUUUUGUGGAUGUUCCAGGUGUUCUGCCCAGGAAUCGGAAAAUAUGGCCACAUCGUCAAGGUAGGUGACUGUAUAGUCUCCUAAUUCCUCUAGGAGACUAUCUAUAAGUCUUUGGAAGGUGGCGGGUGCAUUCCACAGCCCGAAAGGGAGUACAUUUAAAUUCAUACAGUCCGACAUAUGUGGUGAAGGCUGACUUUUCCUUGGCGGAUUCAUCUAGCGGUACCUGCCAGUACCCUUUGGUUAAGUCCAAGGUAGAGAUGAACUAGGCCUGUCCCUGUUUCUCUAAUAGUUCAUCUGUGCGUGGCACUGGAUAGUUGUCUGGGCGAGUUACAGCAUUUAGCUUACAGUAGUCCACGCAAAAACGUAUCUCCCCAUCUGGUUUGGGAACUAGAACCACUGGAGAUGGCCACGCACUGCCAGAGGGGCGGAUUACACCCAUCUGUAACAUAUCCUGGAUCUCCCGUUCUAUAGCAGUUUUAGCUUGAGGAGACACCUGGUAAGGUUGGACUUUAAUUGGGUGAGCAUUACCUGUGUCAGUGGAGUGGUAUGCCCGUUCAGUCAGUCCAGGGGUGGCUGGGAAUGUUGGCACGUAGCUAGUGCACAGCUCCUUGAUCUGCUGUCGCUGCAUACGCCUAAGGGUCAUGGAGAGGUUUACCUCUUCCACGCCACCAGCACUUUUGCCUUCGUAGUAGACACCUUUAGGCCACUCAGCGUCAUCUCCUCCCUGGGCUGUAAACUGACAAAUCUAAUCGAUCCAAAAAAUUAAAGAAGAGCAGAGAGGCGGUGAUUGCUCCGUGUCACUGUCCAAGCUCUCUGGAGGCGUUCAUCUGCUUCCUGUUCAGUCUGGAACUGUUUCCUUGAUGCUGGAGACAUCAGUUCCUCAUUGGAUUGUGGACCUAGGCUUGGUCCCUCUGGAAGCGAUGUAGGGGAUGGGGCUAUUUCCAUUGACUGUGAACCGCUCUUCGCUGGUGCACUAUGUUGGGGUUCAGGCUCCGGCUGAGCCUCUUGUGUAGGGUUAUCGGCUGCUGCCGGUUCAGGUUCGGUGGGGCCCUCUGGUGUUGGGGUUGCAAGUACUGGAUUCAGUGCUGGCAGUGGGUCUGGUGCUGGUUGUUCCGCUGGUUCCGGUUCUGGGGCUGGCUCUGUCUGGGUCUCUGGGACUGGAUCCACUACUGCUGUUGCAGACGUUGGCUUGGGGUCCGGGUCCAUCACCUCUGACCGGGUCCUGGUAGAAGUUUUCCGGAACAGAGCUAGGCGUGACGGCUUGCUUAGCCUGGCUGCGGGUGACCAUUCCCACCCCCUUGGCUAGCUUCACAUGAUUGGCCAAGUCUUCCCCCCAACAGUAUGGGGAUGGGAUAAUCAUCAUAUACUGUAAAAGUCUAUGUUCCUGACCAGGCCUUAUACUGGACAGGCAACUUGUCUGUAGGCAAAUUGAAAGAGUUGGACUUGAAGAGUUGAAGUGUCACUUGAAUCUCUGGGUCGAUUAAAUUGGGGUCCACUAAGAAAGCAUGGAUAGCCGACACUUGUGCUCUCGUGACCCUCCAAGCGGUGACCUUCUUCCCACCCACACUCACAGUUUCCCUCCACUUCGAGGGUAUCUGGGAGGUAUCUGGGCCUGAGGACCUCUGGAGAGAUUCCGGUGCAAUGAACUGUACUCGGUUGGGGUUCUUGGGGCAGUUGGCCUUUACAUGCCCCAGCUUGUUAAAUUUAAAACAUCGUCCAGCUGAAGGGUCACUGGGGCGAGGUGGGUUGCUGGAGAAAGGUGUGGCAGGACGAUAAAGUCUCUGGAGUAUUGUUGGGGCCUUGGGCUGCCCCCGGUAGUAAGGUGUGGUCUGAGGGUGUUCCUUCUGGUAUCCGCUCCAACUGCGACCAGGGUUGUUCCUCUCUCCUCCCUUCACCCGUUUUGUUCCAGCUUGCCCCACCUCUCUGGCAGUCUGGGACUGCUCGUAUCGAUCAGCAUAAGAAGCAAGACUUUCUGCUGAGUCCAUUUCCUUAUUGCAUAAACACUGUUUAUUUCUUCCUUGGACAUAUUCAGGAAUUGCUCCUGAGCUAUCAAAUCACACAUUCUGUCAAAGCUAGUGACACCCCUUCCUUGGACCCAUUUAUCUAACAGAUCCUUCAUCUGGUUUAGAUAAGCCACAUUACUUAGUCCAGGCCCUCUCUUAAGGGUUCAAAAUUUUACUCUGUACGUUUCAGAUGUAAUUUGAAAAUUUCUUUAAAACCAAAUCCUUGAACUUAGUAUAGUCAGAAGCCUCAUCAAUAGGCAUCUUAUUGAAUAUGUCCAGAGCUCUUCCAGUUAAUUUUGUGACCAAUAUGGUCAUCUUGUGAGCUUCAGGAAUUUUAUGGAGAGUGCACAGUCUCUCAAAGGUGAGAAAAUAUUCAGCAAUAUCUCUGGAUUCAUCAUUGUGGACCUAGUCGCUCCCAUUUGUGGAUUGUUGGGGAAGGAUCGUUAGGGUUAUCCAGUAGAUUCCGCUCAGCCUUUGCCUUCUCCAUCUCAUGCUUCCUCUCUUUUUCCUUUGCCUCCAUAGCUCUCCUGUGGGCAGCCUCUUGGGCUUUUUCCUUGGUUUCUGUCAUGUUUGCCUCUCUGUUUUUAACUAACUUUACACCCGAGAGUUAGAAAUAAAACACACAAACAAAAAACUUGGCUUGUUAAAAAAAAAAAAUAGGUUUUGUUGUAACCGGAUACCUAUGUUCUCUGAUAGUGAUUGUCAGCCUACAGAAAAAUCCUUAAAAAACAAAAACAAAAACCUAACACCUUUGUCUCCAGGCAAAUUAGACAGAAAAAGCCUCCAGUUGCUCUUAGCUAAAAAACCAAAAAACAAAAAAAAAACCCCCACCUUUUCAGGUCUGUGAAGACUUGUGAAUUUCCCUGCAGGAGGUUAACUACCCUGCCUUUAAGUAGAGAAAACUCCAGCUCACAAAAGACAAUUCCCUUUUGUCUCUGCUCUGGGCCCCAAGGAGAGACAAAAAACUCUUAACUGCUUUCAGCUUAAAACCUGCUUUCCAGCAGCCCAAAGGAAAAAAAAAAAUCCUUUUAAAAUCUGUGCUUCUGGUUCAAAAAAUCUCAAAAUGAUUUCAAGUUAAUCCCACCGCUCUGCCACCAUGUCAAUGUUCCUCGGGUUAAGAAGCUAAGACAGCGUCGCUGGCACCUGACCAAAAUGACCAAUGAGGAGACAAGAUGCUUUCAAAGCUGGAGUUGGGGGGGAGAAACAAAGGGUUCUCUCUGUCCGUGUCUUGCUUUUGCCGGGACCAGAGCAGGAAUGCAGGGAGAACUCUUUGGUUUUGGAGAGACGUUUAAAUGAUGAAAAGGAAACUCCCUGCUUACUGUACCUGCAGUGUGAUCCUCAUGGAUCUGAGCAAAUAGUCUGUGUUGGAAUUGUAAGUGAGGCAAGAAACAUGGAAGUAUAUGUAGGAGAAGAGUAUUGUGGAACUGGUAGGGGACAGAAUGUCUGCACCAUCCAGAAUGAUAGAAAUGACAAGGUUACCUUAUACAAAAAAUAUCUUAAAUUGGAGUACUCCACAACCUCUUGUAGAAUUAAGCUGCUUUCCAUUGGUGAAAGACAAAGAGUACUCCUAACUAAAAUUGUAGUACAAGUAAGAUCAGUUUCUGCAAAAUCUGCCUCAGAUCUUUCUUCAUUAGGAUCAAACGUAGAUCUAGACAGAAUUCAAACUAUGGUGGAAUCCAUUGGGUCAAAGUUAUCUCCAGGUGCUCAGCAGCUCAUGAAUAUGGUUCGACUUCAGCAGAAGAACAGUUUUCCUCUUAGAGACAAACUUCAAUGUAUCUUUGGAAAAAGAGAAUCUGUCUUUGGAGACAAGCAUACAGUUGAUGGAUUGCACAAUGCAGCUGCUUUUAAAGGAUUAGACCAAUCAUCCGAUGAACCCUUUCCUUUUAAAAGUUGUUUGACAACUGAAACAGUUUUUGGAGAUUUAAAAACACAUACUGGCAUGAACACAUGGAUACCUGGUAGAGAGAAUAUUCCUGAUCUUGAAACACUUAAAACUAUGCAACAAAGCACUCCUCUUCCUGGAAAUGAUUUUAAAGUUAUGUUGUCAUCGUUAAUGCAAGAGCAAGCAAGUGCAAACCCAAAUAUGCCCAGUUCUGGGCUGCUGCUUCCUUUUCUUCAAAACUUAUGUGGUCAAGUAAAUCAUCUUCGGCUAGACGAUGGGAAUAAGCAUUUUGAGAAGAGUACAAUGGAUGAAGAGGAAGGCAUUCAAACUAUUGGAAGGGAACAGCAGCCUAUUUGCUCCUACUUGGAAAAGGUCAUAUCCAAAAAUAUGGAACUGAUGGAGAGAAAACUAAUGGACUAUAUUGAUCGAAGUAUGCAGAAACUUCAGGAACAUAUAGAUACUAAAGUUGUUCUGUUAAUGGACAUGGUUCAAAACUCCAAAACGAACAAAAUGUCACAAGAACACUAUGACUCUGGAGAAGGACUCUCAAAUGGAGAGAGAUAGACAAUAUUUGAAAGAGAGGACCCCAAUAUAAAUACUUUCCAGGGGCAAGUAUUUAUUUUGAUGUCUUUACAAAGCUUAAUAUUUAUUAAACUAAUUAUAAAACCCCCAAGUUGUUUGUUACAUUUGUUACUGUAAUUCUGCCCAGUAUUGUACACUAAAUGUUAGUGUUAUAAAACAUCUGUAAUAAUAUCAUUUUUCACAAGUAUAAAAAUUUUGUAUGUAUUUUUGUGGCUUAUUUAGUUAAAUAUUUCUAAAAAGCCACUUGGAAUACAUUUUGUCAACCUCCACUUGAACUAUGACAUACGUGCUAUAAAUAAAGUGAGUUGUAACUUUUCUAUUUAUUAGCUUAAUUGUUUUGUUUUAUUUGCAACCCAUUACUAGAAGAUUUAAAAAACAGAAUUCAGUUUUUGUUUAGUUUUUAGUUUUUUAGUUCUUUGGCUAAAGGAUAAUAAGAGGGCACCUUUUACUUCUAACGCACCAGUUCAGAAUCAUUAUCUGAUGCAUCUUAAGCUGAACUGAAGCACAGUACAGAAAGUGGAUUGACUAUUAUCGAUGGGCUAAAUGACAGACCUUCUUCUAUUGAUGCUCAUUUCAAAACAAGCACACAACUGCUUGGAUGGAUUUAAUGUAGAGUAUUGGUCAGAACCUCAGUAGUAGCAGAAACUGCCCUAAAGAAGCAUGUAAGGGGGUCCCCUUUUAUAUAGGGAGUCUGAUGGGACAGGAUCUGCUGCAUUAUGGCAAUCCUGAACCAGAGGAAUGACCCUACAGUAUUAUGGUUGCUCCAGGACCAGGAAGGUAGAAAGGUGGCUUAGAAUCCUCCUUCACCCAGUGUUUACUGCAUUGGCAGAGACUACAGAUGUUCUACACGCAUCUGGCUUCACAGAGAUAAAGGCAAUAUCUUCCUUUUUGAGAAGCAGACAGUCCUCCUUUCUGUGAAGAAAUAGAGAUGUAUUUUUUAAUUAUGAGCAUUUUUACUUAUAGAAUAGAAUUCGACUCAUGAACUAUGAGAAGCUAUAUUUCAAAAGGACAGAGAUAGCUACACAUCUCAAGUUUCUGCUUAUACUUUAUAUUAAAUUUUAGUCUAACUUGUUAAUCUUCAUUCCCAUCCAUCUGAGAGCAUGUAGAACAGAAUUGAUUUCCAAAUAGCUUAAUUUAAUGUAUUCUAUUCAAAUAUCUAAAAUGUUUGAAACCAAAAUGUACAAAUUCUAAAAUAAAUACGAAAAAAAUUAAGUGUCGGUGUGGGCAGUGGCUAUUAAGUAGCUGCCCCCAUUGACUGUUCUGUAUCCACCCUAUCCUACAUUCUCUUCUCCCCACCACCUCUUUUUCCUCCUCCUCCCCCCCUGCUCCUUCAUGCGAAGAAAAACUGAUGAGCCUUGCAGUAUGCCUUUAAGGUCAUCACAUCCAGGUACUGUAGAGAUCAGUUCCAGAAUUGAGGUUGCUUCACUGAGAAGACCCUGCCAGCAGCCCCUCUUCCUACUUAAACCAGGGAAUCACUAGCUCAAGUGCCUGAGGAUAUUGCAGUUUCUAGAGCAGGGAUCAGCAGCCUUUGGCCCAUGGCCCAUCAGGGAAAUCCACUGGUGGGCCAGGACAGUUUGUUUACAUGUAGCAUCAGCAGGUUUGGCGGAUGGCAGCUCCCACUGGCUGCGGUUCGCUGUUCCAGGCCAAUGGGGGCUGCGGGAAGUGGCGACCAGCACAGCCCUGGGCCCAUGCCGGCAAACCAUAAACAAACCAUCCCAGUCCGUCAGCCGAUUUCUCUGACUGGCUGCGUGCCACAGUUUGCCAAUCCCUGUCCUAGAGUAUCACAAGGACAGAGAAAGACUUUGUGGCAGAAAGGACCCAAAUGAUUUUAGGCUAUGUAGGUCAGAUCUAAGUACACCAGACCCUUGCUAGAACGCGGGAUUUGGGAUCCAUGCAUGGUACCGUGUUAAAAUGAAUUUCAAUUAAAGUAAUUAAAUUUGGGAUCCAUGGCCGCAACCGUGUUAUAUGUGAAUUUGGGCUAUAUAGAUGCACGUUCUAGUGUACUUCACUAUAUGUAGAAGGCGGCAGAUGCAAAGCACAGGUUUAAUAAUUUUUUUUGUGAAACCUCUUUAAGUGAGCAGCUGUAUUCAAUUAAAUUUGAAUUUCUAAGUGCUCUUAAUAGACAGCCCCAUGCACAAUUUAUUUAAAUAUUACGAUUGAAAUAUUCUUUCAAGCCAACAGCAUUGCAUUGUUUCAGGACAGCAAGUUUUUAUUUACUUCCUUUAAAAUAAGUAACAGAUCUGAACAAAUCUCUUACAUUAGAGGCAGUCUUAGAACUAUGUUCUCCAUAAAGUGAUAUGCUAUAUAAUGUCUCUCUCUCUUUAAGCAAUUUUAAUGUGUCCAUCUCCAUAAUUUUCAAGCAUCAUAAUGCAUUUAUUCUAUCUUUAAUAAGUAUAAACACAGAUGCUUCUAUUUUCAUCUUUUCAAGUAUGAAGCUCAAGACAAAAAGUUGCAAGAAAAAGCUUUAUUGCAUCACAUGGUAUUGCACAUAAUUUGAAGGUGAGAUCAUUUUCGCAUGUUAAACAUGGUGACUAAAUAUAAUCUAUUCAGAUUUAAAUCAAAUACAGAGUUGUAAAUACCAUUCUCAUUCCAAAUAAAAUAAUAACUAAUUUGAUUAAUUAGAAUAUAGUUAAAUUAGAAACUUGACCAUUAAGAGGCUCUCCAAACUUAUGUAAAUCAUCAUAAUUUUAGUCAGUCUCCCUUCUCGUAUAACCAUUUUACUAUUUAGGCAGUUCUGCAAUUGACUAUCAAGAUACUGUGUUUAUACAAAAUAUUUCUCCUUUAUAAUCAGGCUUUUCCUGUCUGAUGCACUAAGUCUUUCGAAAGAAGACAAUUCUGUAUGCUUAGCUUCAAAAUCACCUCUAUAGUACAGAAUGGUGAGACUAUAAAUACUGGAUUCUAACAUCAUGGAAGUUACUAGAGCAGAAAAAGGAUAAAGCAGCUGGUUAUAACAGAGAAUUUAUAUUUAAAAAUAGCUGUCUUUCUAAUCAGCAGCAACAAGGGAAACUGACUACAGAAACCUAUCAUAAUACAUUUGUGGCAUUAUUUUCCUCCAACUUAAGUUAUUUAUUUAUUUCAAUUUAGAUGCUUGAAUCAUAUUGCACGUUGGUGCCAUAUAUAGAUGCCUUGUGGUCCUCUGCGUCUGAUCACAUUCGGUAUGUAUCUCUGCUCACUUUGGUUUUCAAAAUAAGUCCAGCAGGGACCAAAAUGAUUACUAUUGAGAGCAAAGUGAUAAUAAACUGGUCCUGUACCUCAACCCUUUCCCCAACUGCAUUGUGAAUGAGUGUGAGUUGAGAUAAAUAUAUAGUUAUAUAAUUGUUCUUAAACUAUAAACACUCAUGCUAUUCAGUGGUAGUAUGAUGUAAAAAAAGGGGGAGGGGGGGAAUUUGAAUAGCCACAAGAAGAUUCUGUUGUCACUAAGUCUAGAUCAGAAAAUCAAUCAAUCUGGUUCACCUAUAUUUUUAUAACCAAAAUUAUUUAUUGAAGAGAAUUAUAGGCUUUUAUUU